UAUGAGCAAUGCAUUUAAAUCAGCUGGAAAUACACUUGCAAAAGGAAAUGAUUUGGGAUAGACAGGUCAAAGUUUUGCAGGAUCUUAAAAUCCUGCAUCAUUAAAGGGUAAAUUAAUGAGUUUGGAAGUAAUGAAACUGAUAUUAUAUUUUUUAACAGGAAACAAUUAAAGGUAUCUAGGAUGAGAUGAAUUUCCACAAAAAAGAAGUCUAAAUAUUGAAAUCAGAGAAGGAUACACUAGAAUCAGUUUUGAGCAUGAAAACUUAAGAUGUUAAAAAAACAUUAACUAAUGAACUUAUGAGAAUUGAAGAAGAAAUGAAAAGGUAAAUAUUAUUAAAUAAAAAUAGACAUUUUGCUCAUUAGAAAGCAGAGAAUUCUAGAUUAUAAUAGUAAAUUACUGCUCUCAAAGGAGAGAAAACUGCCUUACAAUAACAACUACUUGGAUUAUAAAGAAGAAUUGCUGAACUUGAGCUUUAGGUUGGAUAAGAAUAGGCAUGAU